AUGACCGCUACAGAUUUACCCAACGACGGUGCCCCACAUUGGCUUAUGGUGACGUUGUCCGAGAAGGUCUGGCAUCAGAAGUGGGUGGAGCCCAUCUUCCCAGAGGGUUCGCCCUCGGUGGUGUGUCAUGUCUCGCACGAAGUGGAUCACUUGAGCCUUCGAACUUCGGAGCGACUCAGGACCUCCUCCGACAAUAUCGACGAGCAGCGACCUGACGCCGAGGAGGGUGAGGAGCUGACGCACGUCCAGGAGGUUCUGGGUCCGCCCUUGGAUUUUCUGCCUAAGGACAUUGAACUGCAGGAUCUCAAUGCCUAUCGUGGCUUGGACUACCAAAACUUCCGCGCCGGCAACGCCUCUGGGGCCCGCGGCGAGGUGGCCUCGCUUUGCGCCUCGAAGGCCGCGGUGCCGUACCGGGCCUCGGGGCGCAAGGCGCAGCGCCCGCGGCUGGUGCCGUUGAUUGGUCUCGACUUAGCCACCAGCAGCGCAGUGAGAAGUGCCGCAACGGCAGCCAGUGAACACCUGGAGGAGAUGGCAAUGGCGCAGAUUCGUUGGGGCGCGUCAGGUCUGACGGAUCAGAGUGAGGAAAGUGGUUUCAGCGGACCUGAGCUUCCAACACGCAAGAGCUGUUUGAAAGAGUCCAAGCCCGAGUUGAAACUCCGCCGAGCCGUUGGCGGUGGCGCCGAGCGGCGGCGAUCGGGCGAUCUGCUGCGGCAGAGCAGCGCCCCCGGGGGACACGCGGCGGACUUGAAGCGAUCCUGGCAGCAACUCAUGCGCGAAGGGGCCAUACCCACAGCGACGGUGGAUGUGGAAAAUCCAGAGGCCAUGUCCCCCUGGCAGCGGAGUAGCAAUGCAUCGCCGGUGACCUCCAAAACGGGCAUCGGAUUUUUCACCCACAUCGCCGUGUCCAUGUUGUGCCUGGUGCCCUAUGUGAAGACUGAGUCGAGCUCUUUGCGGUGCCUGGUCCUACCUACUGCCUACUCGGCCUAUGUGAUUCUCAUGUCGCUGAAACUCUUGGUGAAGGACGAGCCGCCCUCCGUGAUGACCCGUGUGCUACGCAUGGAGCGACUGGUAAAGGAAGGAUCAGUACCCACUUGGUUUCCAAAUUUGGCAUCCAUGGUGUAUUUGGUCAUGGUUUAUCAACUAGAACUGGGACAUUCCUUUCAAUCCACAUCCAAGUCGCAACGGAGUACGCUCCUUUCAGCGAGUCCACAACGUCAUGACUACAAUUGCUGGGGCACGGAUCAACAAGACGUCGCCGACUGUGUGUUGGUACGACAUGCUGGCUAUACCAUUACAGUGUCCUUUUACAUUUGCCUCAUCGUCAUGGCGGUGUGCAAUCGGAAGGUCAAAGGAUCCGACUUGGUGGGCGAACAUGAAAGAUCUUUGCAGGAACUCUUUCCUAUGGAGGCUCCAUCACUGCUGGCUUAUGUCGAGAGAAGCGUCAAGUCCAACUCGACCUUUUGGAGAUCGCACCGGCGCUAUAAGGCACAGUCCGUGGUCUUAUCGCUGUCGUGGACCUUGAUGUCCUUUGGUGUCUACUGGGAACUGAUGCAGGGAGCGAAGACCAAAGUGGCACAGGUGGUCUUUUGCACAGCUCUCGUGUGCACGUACGCCUUGCAGUACACCCUCCUGAGGCAUGUGUUGCUUCGGGUGAUCUUGCACCUUGAGGGGAUUAAGGCACGUGCAGCCGCCAUGGCCUUCUGUGACGAGGAAGGAGUCUUACCCUUUGACUCAGCACAUUCGGUCUAUGUGUGGUUCUCAGUUCGCCGGAAUGUCCAAGCGCAGAAUGAGGUGGCAUACCAAAACGCUUCGCCCAUUUUCACCGCGAUGCUCAUUUGCGCCGCGGCGUGUUCUUGCUGGGUGAUCUCACAGCUUCGGCAGAAGGGCAUCACUGUCUUUGGUCUCACAAGCCGCGGUGGCGCAUCGCUGAUGGUCGUUGCCAGUGCGUUGGUCUCCAGUAUUUUCGUUGGAGUUUUUCUGCGAACCUUACUGGAGAUCAGCAAGUUGGAGGAUGCCCACGUCCGACAGCUCCGGAUUGCGCACCUCCGCUUGGAGCACGCCAGAUGUAUUCUGAAAGUGCAAAGAGAGAUGGAACCGUCGAAAAAGCGCCUCACGCGCGACUUCUCCAUUUCUACCGUUGGAGAUGAGCAAGACAUGGAGGGAGCCUUGCUGAUGAUUGAGAGAGUGAUAUCGCUUUUGGAGCAGCAUGAUGUGAAGCCAACCAUCUUUGGAGUUGAGAUUGGAUCCAAGUCCUUUCAGGUGGUCUAUGCUGCGCUGCUCUCGAACCUUUGGUAUCUUUUGGUUUGGGGCGUGCUGAUUCCCGUGAUCAAUGCGCACGACGACUAGAGUGACGUGACCAGUGCCAGCCGCGGGAAGAUUAGAGGAAAAAUAUAGAUUUUAAGCGCAUCCUUUAAUGAUAUUUAAAGUGUCUUGGGUCAAAAUGAGUACUGUAG